UUAUCCGUCUUGUUGUUAGGCAGGUUGUCAGGGCAGCGCACCAGCCAGUUAGCUAACACGGGAUUAAGGGACUUGAGUUAAUGAUGACACAUUUAUUUAUUAAAGGAAACGAAUGUCAACAUACCUGCUUUUUCGCUCGGAGUUGUCCUGCUUCGUUGGGUAAAAACAGCAGAGACGACAGGGUUGAUUUUUAUCGAAACAGCCAGAGGUUUGCAGUGGAUUUUUGCCCCGUAGCUAGCUGUUAGCUAGGUUUGGUAACGUUAUCAAGCUUACGUGAAGUAAAUAGACACUGGCAUUAACGCUACCCAGUAAAUAGGUAACGCAACCUUUUCAUUGCGAUUCUUUGGUUCGGUGCGAAAAUGAAAGACACUCAGGAACAUUUCAUGGAGCAGGAAGAAUACAACGACGACGAGGAGGACAAACCAUUAUCAUCAUCGCCCUACAACCCCCGUUAUCGCCCUACUCGACUGCACAUUCAGAGGAGUAGUAUCUGCUCUCGGGCUUAUUUCGUUGUAGUCAUGGUCUUCUUCCAUGUGUAUAUCCUGAAUGUUAUCGGCUUGCUACUCUACGUGCACUAUAACAACGGCCACGGGGAUCUUGUCAGUGGAGACAGGGCCACCACAGCAUCAGCCAGCGACAGUGGAAGCCCUUUACCCCACCCUGCCCCAGCUUCAAGAGAGCUGAAUGUGGAGGACUAUAGUCAAACUUACAGUCUUCCUCGUAUUGAAGGGAUACGGGUGGGUCAUGUUCAGCAGGUGUUCCUCGUGCCAGACAGAACACAUGAGAUGAAGACGAUCAGCCUGAAACCUCUGCUGUUUGAAAUCCCUGGCUUCAUGUCAGAGGAGGAGUGCCGUGUUGUGGUACAGCUGGCUCAGCUCAAGGGUCUGAUGGAUAGCCAGACAACUGCAUCCACUCAGGGACAAGAGGAGUCAAACCAGCCACUGCUUUCUCUCAGCACAGAGGAGGUCUUCAGUCUGUUGGACCUAAACCAGGAUGGGCUGCUUCAGAAACAGGAGAUUGUGAGUCACUCGCGCUCUCAGGAUGGAACUUGGUUGAAUCCCGACAAUUUACGGCAGAUACUCACUAGUCUGGAAGCCCGACCAACAGGGAUGCUGACCUUGGAGGAUUUUAGGCAUGUAUAUGAUGUGUCCCAGCGCCCAGGACAGCAGCAAAGUCAGAAUCUCCGGAGUCAGUUCAAACAAAGAAGCAAACAUACGUGGCUUUACCAAGGCCCGGGAUCCCACCACGUGCUGCACACACUCAGGAACAGAGUAAUCAGCCUGACACGUCUGCCCUCUGCGUUGGUUGAGCUGAGCGAGCCGUUGCAGGUGAUUCGCUAUGAGCACGGAGACUUCAGUAAUGCCCACCAUGACAGCAGCCCUCCUCAUUCAGAGACUACCUGCGCACACACACGACUGGCAGGAAACACAUCUGCCCUCACAGAGGUCUCUUGCAGGUACCUUACCAUGUUAUUCUACCUCAGCUCUGUAGAGGAAGGUGGUGAGACUACAUUUCCUGUGGCAGACAACCGUACCUAUGAAGAGCACGCUCUGGUCCAGGAUGGAGUUGAUUUGAUAGACACUCAGGAGACAUGUGGCAGAGGGAACCUGAGAAUGAAGCCUACUGCUGGAACGGCUCUCCUCUGGUACAACCAUCUCUCCGAUGGCAGAGGUUGGAUGGGUGAGCUGGAUGAGUAUUCCCUGCACGGUGAUUGUCCAGUCAGGCGUGGGGUGAAGUGGGUGGCCAACAGCUGGGUAAAUGUGGACCCAGAUCACCAACAACAGACCCGCUACCAGAGACUAGUUGCUCAAAGGCAUCAAGCUAAGUCAGGCGUGGAGGAGCACUACCAACCUCUCUCACACAGCGACCUCCACCAGGAUCUAUAGCUGGACAUUUUUAAUGACUGAGCGACCACACUUCUUAAAUUGAGUGAGUCAGUCUUGCAUCUAUGAAGCCAGCGAGGCCUGACAGACUUUGCCCCAGGUGUCAGGUGUUGUAGUCAAAAUGAAAAUUGCACAAAAAAAAAUCAUCCCAGAUUAUCCUUUCCUUUCAGUAAAUUUGUCUUGCAUUACAUCAUGUCUCUCAAGCGACUGCUUGGAUAUCCACAAUAACACACACACUGUCAAUUUCAUUAGGAAAAUUUGUGGUGGGCAGAUGCAUUGUUUUCCUCUCAGUUCGUUUACAAAGCAAAUAAGCAAUAGGAAUAUGAAUUAAAUAGAGUGAAUGCCAUCGUCUAGUAAAUUGCACCUCAAAGAAAAUAUCACUUGUUCAGAAAAAAGGAUAUUUAUAGAAAAAGAUAAAAGAAGCAGUUGCCUUCCAUUUGGGUUUCCUAGGCAUCUGUGCCUGUUGCAGGUCAGUGUUAUUUACUGUAGAAUUAAAGCCUUUUGUUACAAGCCAUAUCACAGUAUUCAUCUGUGAAUACAUUUUUGUGAGACUUUAUUUUAUGUUUUCAUCAUGAAAUGUUAUUUAAUAAGGGUUUUGUCACACCUACUGCAAAUGCAGCAUUGUUCUUGACUUGACAGAAUGACUGCUUGUCAUUGCUUGGCUGUGUGAGGCCAGUCCUUCAGGUUUGAUAUUCCAACUUUUGUGUUUCUUAUCCUCACGACUGAAAAAUAUUUAAUUGUGUGAAAGUAUUUAUUUGAGUGUUAUUUAUUACCAGUGAGAAUUAAGUUAAAGGAAUGCAUAUUUAUUACAGCUUGAUGUUGCACUGAAUCUGUUUCUGUAAUUAAUUGUGUUUGUUCUAUGUUAUAAAUAUAUAAAGCAAUGUUUUAUUA